GCUGUGGUGCCCCCGCGGCGAGCGAGUACUCCUACAUGUGUACAGCAUGCGAAGCCCUAGCGUACGUACGAAUACGAUACGCGUGACGCCGUGACGACGUAGCGGCCCCGCGCAUGAAAAGCAGGAGACGCCGUAGCCUCCCCCACGUGGCCUCCUGCUCGGGCACCGCACCAGCUGCUGCUGCCACCACCCCUCCCCAGUACCGGGCCUGGCCUCGUAUUCCCGGCCCGCAUAAACAAAAGGCGCCCCCCGCGAAAACCCAAAUGGCAUGGGAAUGGGUCGGGAUGGCCGAACCGAAUGGCGCCCCGCACCCGGCCUCUCCCCUCCCGCUCUACCCGCGCGCCACAUACACGGACAAACACAAGGGGAGGUACAGAGCAGAAGGACCCAUCACUCCCACACCACACCACACCACGACGACCAGUCCACUCUCAUCAGUCUCUCUCUCUCUCUCUCUCCUCUGCCCCUGCAGGCUGCAGCAGCCUGCAGUGCUCGUCUGGUACAGCUGCAGCUCUCCAUCCCUCCGUCCGUCACCCGCCGCCCUCCCUCUCGAGUCCGGAUCACAGUCCAGCGGUGGAGGCGGCAAAUCAGUGGCGUCCAGCACCGCCAGAAAUAAUCCACCGGCUAAUGCCGGGGAUCGUCUAGUACCGAGCUUGGUGUAGCUGAAAGCUCAGGCUAGAUCCUCCCUUCCGCCCGGUCCGCCGGUCAAGAAACACAGGCAACAGAGAGCGAGCGUGUGUCACCGGAGAGGAGAGGAACCAUGGGGGAGAAGCAGGCGACGGGCGCGGCGGACCAGGACGACGGCACCGCGCCGCCGCCGCCGCCGCCGCCGCCGCUGGACGGCGUCCAGUACUGCAGCGAGCACCCGUACCGGCCAGCAACCGCCGCCGCCGCGGCGGCGGUCGCCGGCGGGGGGAUAUGCGCCUUCUGCCUGCAGGAGAAGCUGGGGCGCCUGGUGUCGUCCUCCAAGUCCAGCCCUUUCUUCCCGCUCGGCGGCCACCCGCCGCCGUCGGGGUCGCCGUCGUCGCCGCCGUCGUUCCGCCGCGCCGCCGAGCCCCCGGCGCCGCCGCUGCUCCACCCGUCCGGCGCCGCCGCCUCGCGCAAGUUCAUGUCGUUCCACCGGAAGAAGACGACCUCCUCCUCGUCGUCGUCGUCGUCCUCCGCCGCUGCCUCCGUGGGGGGAGGAGGCGGGCUGAAGCGGAGCAAGUCGGUGGCGCCGAGGCCCGAGCUGGAGCAGUUCGCCUACUCGUCGGCGUCGUCGGUGUCGCUGGCGGCCGAGAGCCCGCGCAAGAAGAGCUUCUGGUCCUUCCUCUCCCUCUCGUCCUCCUCCGCCUACGCGCACCAGGCCUCCACGACGUACACCACCAACACGGGUGCCGCCGCCGCCGCCGCCGCCGCGAGGAGGAAGUCGGUGUCCGUGGCGUCGGCGGCGUGGGCGUCAAGGGGUGGCGGCGGCACCGCGGGCGCGCAGGACCAGCAGCCGCGAGGCGGGACGUCGUCCACGCUGGGGCGGACGCUGGAGGCCAUCGGCGAGCCCGAGAGCCCCAGCCAGAGCCAGGUGUCGUCGUCUUCCUCCUUCGGGCGGAAGGUGGCGCGGUCGCGCUCCGUGGGCUGCGGCAGCCGCAGCUUCUCCGGGGACUUCCUGGAGCGCCUCUCCAACGGCUUCGGCGACUGCACGCUCCGGCGCGUCGAGUCCCACCGCGAGCCCAAGCCCCACAAGAUGCGUGGCGGCGGCGGCGGCGGAGGAGGCCUGCGCCACCUCGGCGGCGCUGGCGCAGACGACGACGACGACGAGGAGGAGGACGACGUGUACGAGCACCAGCACCGGAUCAAGUGCGCGGGCUUCUUCGCCGGCCUGGGCCCCGCGUCGUCCUCCUACUGGCUCUCCGCAGCGGAGGGCGCGAGCGUCGGCAGCGGCAGCACCAAGAGGUCGGCCGGCCGGAGCCACCGGAGCUGGGCGUGGGCGCUGGCGAGCCCCAUGAGGGCGCUGCGGCCGACGACGACCUCCACCAAGACCAUCACCGUCGUGCCCCCCAGCCACGUGACCGUCCACGGCAACGGCAACUCCUCGGCGUCGGCAUUGUCCAUACCAUCGUCAUCGUCAGAGGCAACAGCUUCGGCAGCUCCACUGGCGGCGAAUUGAAAUUCGAAGCUGCAGCAUGGCCGGCGGGUUAAUCAUCCCCAUCUCGCUGAAUUGAUUCGCCUCGUGUAGAUCUCGUCCUCUCUCACUCCCCCCUGCCGUUCCUAGCGUGUGCGUGUGUAGUUUCAACAAGAACUGAUCAUAAAGUUGGAAAUCGUGCUGUGGAAUUUGAGUCUGAUCGUGCUGCUGGCCUUGACGUAUUGUCUGUUCAUGUGGGCACUUUGCUUAGGCUAACAAAUGUUAGGAGUACACCUGGAUUUGUUGAUGUGUUCGUCAAA